CACCACCUCUUCCCCGACCACCCCAUCCCUUCAAACCCGCCAAUGCCUCCCAAACUCCGCGGCUCGCUCCCAAAGAGCCUGUCGCAGAUCCAGGACCCGGCAUCGGUUUUCUACUGCCCAUCCUGCACUCUCUGGCGCCGAUCCAUUUCCACGCGUCGCCGACUUCCCACCACCACUACCACCACCUCCCACCGGACCAUCGCGACCGCCCCCGUCGUCCACACCAGACAUGUUCCCCCGAGAUUGAAGGAGCUUCAUGAGGCCUUGAAUCAGGUCAAGGAUGUUGCGACGGAACAGGUGAAUCUUAGUCGGUUGCAGCUUGCGUUGAGAGGCUUGGAGACGGAGACGCCGUUGGUGAGGGUUGCUGUUCUGGGGUUGAAUGAUGCGAGGGCAGCAAGGAGACUUGUUCGGUUGUUGUUGGCGGAUCCGUUGAAUAAGAGGGAGAGUUGGGAGGAUGCGCUGGAUGCGUAUGGGGAGGAUACGAAGAGGGGGUUGUUGAUUCGGUACGGCGAAGUCUCAGAUACUAUUCCGAAUGACCUGCUUCCGACGAUUUCGGUCCCGUCGCCGAUUCUGAAGAAAGGCAAUUUGGAGAUCCUUGUUACGACCCUUGGAGCUGAGGCGGGGGUUUCGGAUGCUCAGUUCACGGCAGAUACGUUCCUUGUGCCUACGGUCACGAUCCGCACGUCGCAUUCGGGACGGCAUAAUAUGGUGCGGUAUCCGGUGCAUCGGAGUAUCGUGUGCGGCAGUGGAGUGGAUGGAUUCCUCGCGUAUAGUGGAUUGAUGGCGCGGUCGGACUUGAAGAAAGAGGCUGGAUCGGUCUACGGGGCUAUUGAGCUGGCGGUCACGGAGCCGCAGAAGUAUAAUGGCCGGGUUGCGUUUGUGGAUAUUGACAAGGCGGAUGACGCGCUGGCCAAGUUUCGUGAGUCUGUGCAGAAUGCGUCACUCUAUGAACGCGGCUGGAAUAGUAGCGGUGUGCAGCCGGUGGUGGAUUGGUUGACGUCGCUGCGGGCGGAGGAAGGCAUGCUGGAUCCGUCUUUGCGGACGUUGAUCACGUCUCUUCUUGAUGCGGCGGAUGCGGGUGCCACGGCGGCGGAGAAGAAGAAACUUCAGGAGCAGGAGGCUGGAGCUGUGAGCUGGGAGACUCGCGAUGUCCUCGACCGAUCUGUGUCUGCGUGGGCGGAGCGAGCACACACGGAGCUCCGCGGCUCGCUCGAGGAAGGCUUUGCCAGCAAGCCGUGGCGUGGACUGGCGUGGUGGAAGCUCUUCUGGCAUGUGGACGAUAUGGGCAUGAUCACGUCGGAGAUCCUGGACCGGAAGUAUCUGCGUCAGGCCGAGAGGGAGGUGAUCUGGACUGCCGGCCGGUUCCAGCAGGCUGGGCUGACCGAGACCCCCAAGGAUGAGACGCCCUGGCCGGCUCAGAUCCCGACCAGUCGGUCCCGGCUGCUGGAGUCGACGGUGCCGUCCUUGCAGGCAUUGGCGCAGCGUCUGGUGAUGUUCAGUGUGUCGACCACGACGCUCACCUCGGCGCUGUCCGCACUGACAUACAUCUCGCUGCCAACAGCCAGCGUCUACGAGACAUGCACAAUGGCCGCCAUCGGAUUGAUCUACUCGCUGCGACGCCAGCAGCGCAAGUGGGAGUCGGCGCGAGACUGGUUCGAGAACGAGGUGCGCGAGGAGGGUCGGACAGCAUUGCUGGAGACCGAGACCCAGCUGCGCGACACAGUGCAUGAAGGAGGGUAUGUCGAGGAAGUGCCAGCAGACAAGAAAGCCAGAGAGACAAUCGAGCGGGCACGACAAGCUCUGAAGGAGCUGUAAGUAGCCUGGUAGUAGCUACUAGUAUUCUGUACAUUACAAUAUCCAUCCAUCUAUC